UCCUCCAUCUUGCGUGCUCGAACGUUCAUUCUACUAACCUCGUGGAUCUCAGGGUGUUGCGCCACGCUACGCGCUGACUAUACGACACAUCCGUUGGCGCCUAUUUCACGAUCUUCACUGAAAAGCAUCUUUAAUCAUUCCUGGAGUGAAUAUUCGUUUCACAAUGAAGACUAAGAUAGGAGAUAAGAAAGGGAAGAAACGACCCCUUGGCGAAACUUUCAUUUCUAUAAAAUCAGAUCAGAGUCAAGGGAACGCCAAUGCGCUCCAAAAGGGCCCCAAAAAACCUAAAUUUGCUGGCAUUAAACAAAAUGGAAAUCCCGUAAUAGGAGCAAAAGAGCCGAUCUCUAAAGUAGUGGACAAGCAGAAAAAGGAGCAGGUUAAAGUAAUGAAAAAGCAAAGUGGCGUCCUCAUACCAUUGAAAACGAAGAAAGAUACAAAAGAAAAGACAGAAGAAACUGUCGCUAAACCCGGAAAAGAGAUUGGUAGUAGAUCUAACAAGUCGAGAAAAAGGCGCCCUUACCUCCACGGUGAAUUUACUGUGGAACAAAUAACAGCAAAGAUAGCAGAAAUCAAGAGCAGAGAAGUGUUGUCGAAGAGAGCGAAAAGGAUAUUGAGUAUACUUAAUAGAAAAUUGAUGACAUCUGGAAACAAAUCGGAGAAAUUAGAUACAGUAGGAAAGAAAAGCGGCAAGAAAGCGGAAAUUCCCGCAAAUGCAGGGAUAAGUAAGACAGUGGAACAGCGCAUAAAUGUAAUAAUGAACAAAAAACAGAGAGCUGAGAAAAAGGGUAAAGCAGCAGCAACAACAGCGCCUAUUCUAAGCAGAUUACAGGAGGAAGAUGAUAGCAGUGUCGAGGAAGAUGACGAUGACAGCGACGUCGAGGAGGAUGACGACAGCAACGCUGAGAUAGAAAAUGACAGUAUCAUAGAAGCAUGUGAUCCGAGGACACUACCAACUGAUGAAGAAACUGACGAGAGUGAGAGUGAAGAUGAAGAAAUGGAGGAUGAAGAUGAAGAGGUAGAGAGUGAAGAUGAUGAAGAUGAAGAGCUGGAGAGUGAGGAUGAAGAGGAUGAAGAAAUUGAUGAGGAAGAAGAUGAAGACGAAGAAGAUGAAGACGAAACAACUGAUGAAGAUGAAGAGGAUACAAAAACUAGAAAUAACAAAACAGUUUCAGAAGUAAGAAAGGGAGAAGCGCAAAACAAACAAAAACAAGAGCAAAACAAGAAUAAACAAGAACUAAAUAAAAAUAAGCAAGAGCAAAACAAGAAUAUACAAGAGCAAAACAAGAAUAAAAAGGUCUCUGUUUCUUUGGAUCAACUAAAAGCCGACUUGAAGAGGAAGCGAUGUGUCCUGUUUGUGGGCAAUUUGCCACAAGAUAUAACCGAGAAUGAGAUUAAACAACAUUUCUCGUCUAAGGUCUCGGCUAAUGCAAUAACUAACAUCAUACUUCCGACCAAGCCAGAUAAUACACCACGCGGCUUUGGGUAUGUGGAAUUCUCGAAUAAUGUCGAUUUUGAGAAAGGACUCUCGUUACAUCAUACAUUUUUAAAGAAAAAGAGGAUAAAUGUUGAAUAUUCAAUACUAGGCGGUAAAAAAAUUAAUGUUACUAAAGAGUCUAGUGUUGCCCAAAAUAUGAAGCCGCAGGCGUUUCAGAAGGCUGGAAAAUUUGCUGGCGGGCAACAAAAGAAGAAGCCGUUUAAAAAGAAUAAAUAAGAUGAUGAAACGAAAGUAUAAUCAAAUAAAAAGGAUUAAUUGACAAAGGAAUUGUUUACAUAGCAACUUUAAGAAAAACAAUUUUUUUAAUGACAAUGUCAAAGAUUCUUUUAAAGUUAUUUUACAUGAUCACGUUAAAUGUUAUCUUAGGUAAAUACGUAUGUCAAUUAAAACCGAUAUAUUUUGUUCUUUGAGCUCUUAGGGCUAGUUUUUCCAACCUCUUGGUAAGUUAACUAAUAAUUCAAUUAUACAUAUUUAUCUUUGUGUGAUCGGAAAAACAAAGACAUACAUAUGUUUCAACUAUUAGCUAAUUUAUUAAGAGGUUGGAACAACCGGCCCUUAAUGUAUUUCUGUAAUUUGGACUCGAUUGUAUGUUAAAAUACUAUGAAUCGUCGCAAAGGACAUCCUAAAAAACAUAUUAAUAUCGCAUGUUACAUAUUAUAUUACCGUGUAUUGUAAAACAAUAAAUUUAAAAGAUUAUCAACA